AAAUCCCACUCCAAUCACCACCGCUUCUUCUCCUCCUCCAUUUCCUCUCGUUCCUCUCUCUCUCUCUCUCUCUCUCGUGCGGCGAGCCACCGGAAUCGUCGUCGUCGGCGGCCAUGUCGGGGCGCGGCAAGGGAGGCAAGGGGCUCGGCAAGGGCGGCGCCAAGCGUCACCGGAAGGUGCUCCGCGACAACAUCCAGGGGAUCACCAAGCCGGCGAUCCGGAGGCUGGCGAGGAGGGGCGGCGUGAAGCGCAUCUCCGGGCUCAUCUACGAGGAGACCCGCGGCGUGCUCAAGAUCUUCCUCGAGAACGUCAUCCGCGACGCCGUCACCUACACCGAGCACGCCCGCCGCAAGACCGUCACCGCCAUGGACGUCGUCUACGCGCUCAAGCGCCAGGGCCGCACCCUCUACGGCUUCGGCGGCUGAUCGAUCGUGCCUCCAUCCCCCAUCUCUCCCAUGUUGUCUGGCCGUGGAAUCCACCUUGUUCAGUUCGCCGUUUAGUUUUGUAGGGUUUACCUGAAUCAUGAAACUGUGAAGCAGAUGAUGUUUGCACCUGGGAUUUGAAUUGAAACAUGUUUCAGGGCCAAUGUUA